GCGUCCGCCGGAGUCCGGAUCAGUUCUGUCGCUGAAUCGGACCCGACCGCUCCACAACAAGAUGGUGGGCCUAGGAAACGUUUAAAGUUCUACCAACGGGGGAAAAAGAGUGCUUGUGUCUGUGUUUGUGUCAUCUAAAUUUUUGAUAGAAAAGGGAACUGUGCGAAUGAAGAGCCCUAGACAGAACGCAUACGUUCCGGGCGUCCGGAAUAAUUAUCACGGACGGCACACCUUGGAGCGCAUAUAUCGGCGGAUUGCUGCAUCCAACGUCGUUGGGACUUUGACAUCACGGGUGGCCAAGAAAAGUCAUGGGAGUCGAAGGAGUAGCCAAGCAGGGAGUAGAGGUGCUCGGUCAGCAGCCAGUUCGAUCCAUCAGGACCAUCCGCAAGGUGGAGUUUUACAGAAACGAAGCCAUCAUCUGUCACAACAGCGACUGGAAAGGGCGAGGUCUCGGAGAAAAGCCAGAGAACGACAGCUUCAAAAAGUAGUGGAAAAUGUUUGGGAGAACGACGAGUUAUCCUCUGGAUCGGAAGAAGUGUUGAGGAACUCAAACGACUCACUGAACACUCCAUCAGUGAGCGAAGAGAUAAGUACCGAUGACUCUCUUGGGCAUUUAAACAUGAGCGGACACGGGAAAUCCAGAAAAUCCAGCCACAAGGAGGCACCUCAACAUGGUUGUCUGCCAACUGGUUACAUGCCACAACUCAUGUGUACGGCAAUACUCUCAUUGGGUAAUUUGAAUAUCGGCUUCAUUUUGGCAUAUCACAGCCUGGCGCCUGCCAACCAUCUGCCGCCCAACAGUCCCAAUUGGGCUGCACCUUGGAUCUUGAAUCUCUUCAAUUUGGGGGGAUUGUUAGGCGCCUUACUUUCUUCACUAGCCUUAAAUAAAGGCAGGAAAAGGCCGUUGAUGGUUACCGUCUUGAUUCUGAUAGUCUCGUGGCUGCUGGUUAUUUUAUCUCAGAACUCUUCAAUGAUCUUCGGCGCCCGUCUUAUCGGAGGGAUCGCUGCGGGAAUCAUAACGGUGGUCAAUCAAAUUUAUAUAGCCGAAUUGGCCUCUCCUCGACACCGUGGAAGUCUGGGCGUCUUGCCCACCUGUUUCGGACUUGUUGGUACACUCAUCUGCUUCGGCUUGUCUUACGCCGUUUCUUGGCGAGACAUUUCCAUCACCGGAGUCGCACUUACCGGCCCUUACCUCCUUCUGUUGCUCUUCUACCUGCCCGACUCGCCGCGCUACCUGCUGAGGCAAGGGAAAAUCCCUUCAGCGGCUGCCGGCCUUAAACGUCUCGGUGUAAAGGACCAACUGUCCGACAUGCGCGAUGGUUACGAUCUACUCAAAUUGAGCGGACAUGACGGCGGUUUGUUGAAAAAACCCUUUAUGUUACCCGUCACCAUUGCCGGUGGUCUGAUGUUCUUCAGCCAAUUUUCGGGAGUCGAUAGCGUCUUGACUUAUGCGGCCGAACGGUUCCGCGACCAGUCCAACUUCCCCAUGGUGGUCCUCUACGGCGUUCAAUUGAUCACGGGGCUCAUCUGUUUUGGUACCGUGGACCGUAAAGGUCGCAAGUGGUUGCUGCUGGUUUCGGCGGCCACUUCGGCCCUAUCUAUGCUUUCGCUCGGCUUGUACGUCCUGUGCGAGGAUAUCGGCGUACUGGGCCAAACAGACUUGCGCUGGAUACCCGUCAGUUGCGUGAUUGUCUAUUGCGGAGCAUUCGCACUCGGACUCGGGCCGAUUCCGUGGCUCAUUCUUGGCGAAUUGUUACCAAUCAGAAGCCAAGGAACCGCAGCGGCCAUUACGGCUGGCCUCUUUUGGGGCCCUUCGUUAGUGGUUACGAUGAGUUUCGGCGACAUGCAGAACGCCAUGUACUUGUCGGGAACUUUCUGGUUUUACACGAUUUUCUGUCUGUUUGGCUACCUGUUUGUUCUCCUGGUGGUGCCCGAUAUCCGGCCGGAGGCGACGCUGGAACAAAUCCAAAUUUUCUUCAUGACAAGCGACAAAAGAGAACACGAUCAGUGGAGUUUUGCCGUCGCCUGAAGCGUUCGCGACAUGCACCGAAAUUGCUUAAUACCCACCUUCAAUCGUAGCUGUUAUCUACCAAGGACGGCGGUUAAUAUUAAAGAAAAGCAACUGCGAUCAACCCCGGAAGACACAGCCAGCAAUUGAUAUGCAACCGGUAUACCUAAUACUGUAUGCGCAAACAUAAAAGGAAUUAUCACCACAAUACGUCUCCGUACCUCACAUAAUCCCUCCUACAAUAAUCACAUCGUUGUAAUAUCGUAACGAAUAAAUAUUAUACUGUGCCAGAUGGUGAGCUGUACAUGACACAGACGCUGUAAUAUAAUAAAAAAAAGAUGCUUAUUAAAAAAUAUAUUGUUUAAAAAUA